ACCGGCUAGCAUUAUACCGGGGAAAGAAAAGCAUCUGCGUCGCCUUCCUCCCAAAACCCAAAUCGAACUCGCGGCGAUCUCUCGCCUUCCCAAACCAACAGACUCUGUACGGUCUUCUCGCUCUCGCGCCCCUCCCACAGUUUGUAGCGUGGCUGGCAGCAGCAGGGUGCCUCGCCAGCAGCUGGAAACAAGUAUGAUCUUGCCACUGAGCUGUGCCUCCAACGUGUUUGCGUGAAUGCGCAGGUGGCGCGCUUGCUUUCUUCCACGCACUAGAUCUUGUGAAUUUUCCGUCUCCACCUGAUUUUGAGAUUCGCCGCUGACCAUGGCUGACGCCUCCGUCGCCGGCGGUUCCAUGGACGACUACCCAACCAUCGACCCAACCUCUUUCGACGUGGUCCUCUGCGGCACCGGCCUCCCGGAGUCCAUCCUCGCCGCUGCCUGCGCGGCCGCCGGGAAGACCGUCCUCCACGUCGACCCCGACCCCUUCUACGGCUCCUUCUACUCCUCCAUCCCGCUCCCUUCCGUCCCCUCCAUCCUCUCCCCCAACUCCUCCACCCCUUGUCCUCCCUCAACCACAGCCUCCUCGUCCGCCACCGCCGCAUACACCGCCGUCGAUCUCGAGCGCCGCAGUCUGUACUCGGAGGUUGAGACCUCGGGGACGGUUCCCGAACCGUCCAGGCGCUUCACGGUCGACCUGGUGGGUCCCAGGGUGCUGUACUGCGCCGACGAGGCCGUGGACCUUCUUCUGAGGUCAGGAGGAAGCCACCAUGUGGAGUUCAAGAGCGUGGAAGGGGGUAGCCUCAUCUACUGGGAUGGUGCGCUCUGCCCGGUGCCAGACUCUAGGCAGGCCAUCUUCAUGGACAGCACACAUCGGUCAAAGGAGAAGCUUAAUCUUAGGGAUAAUCUUAAGGAGAAGACCCUCUUGUUCAGAUUCUUCAAGCUUGUCCAGUCACACAUUGCCGCAUCGUCUUCUGGUGAUAAGGAUGGGGAGGGCGAAGCCUCUGGUAAGAUAUCCGAGGAGGACUUGGACCUCCCCUUCAUCGAAUUCCUCAAGAAACAGCAGCUUCAACCCAAGAUUAGAGCGGUUGUGCUAUAUGCAAUAGCCAUGGCAGAUUAUGAUCAAGAUGCUGCAGACUCAUGCGAGAAAUUGCUAACGACGAGAGAUGGAAUCAAGACCCUAGCUCUUUAUUCCUCGUCCAUUGGGAGGUUUGCUAAUGCCCAAGGUGCUUUCAUUUAUCCUAUGUAUGGGCAUGGCGAGCUACCGCAAGCUUUCUGUCGCUUUGCUGCUGUUAAGGGUGCCCUAUAUGUGUUGAGGAUGCCAGUCACAGCCCUUCUCAUGGACCAGGAAAAGAAGCGUUAUAUAGGCACCAGAUUGGCUUCUGGUCAGGAUAUUUUGUGCCAGCAGUUGAUACUAGGUCCCUCAUACAAAAUUCCUUCAUUGGACAUGCCAGCUGAUGCUUCAGACUCAAACUUGACGAGAAAAGUUGCCAGGGGAGUAUGCAUAAUCAGCAGCUCCAUAAAAGAGGCUUCAUCAAAUGUUCUGGUUGUUUUCCCCCCAAAAUCAUUACAAGAGCAGCAAGCUACAGCUGUUCGGGCGCUUCAGCUGAGCAGCAAUGUAGCAGUAUGCCCUCCUGGAAUGUUCAUGAUAUAUCUGUCUACUCCCUGCACCGAUGCCUUUACGGGAAAGCAGUACAUAAACAAGGCUAUGGAGGUUCUUUUCAGUACUCAGGCUUCAGAUGAUUCAGAAGGCCAUUUGGAGACAACCAGCAAAAACAUCGAGGAUACAAAGCCAGUGCUAAUCUGGAGUUGUGUGUAUGUUCAAGAGAUCACACAGGGAACAUCUGGUACUGUAUUGUCAUGCCCCAUGCCUGAUGAAAACCUGGACUACAGAGAUAUACUGGAAUCAACAAAACAGUUAUUCACAGAUACUUAUCCUGACGAAGAAUUCCUGCCUAGAAACGCAGCUCCUAAAUAUGCCGAUGAUGACUCUGAUCUUGCAGAGUAGAAACAUGUUUGCAGAGGGUUAGUGUUUUUCUGGACAAAUAUUCUACAGAAGAUACAUGAAGGCAUUUUAGAUACAUCGCACCAACAUGGAUGAUCUGCUCAGUGAGCGAGAGCACAGACAACGUUGAUGGUUGUAUGGCUUGUGGCAGUACCUGUAGUUGUUACUGCACAAGCUACAUGCGGCGCCUUUCAUUUGUUGCACUGGUUCUUUGUACGAGUGAAACAGAGUAAUGAAAUUGAGUUUAAACUACU